GCGGAAGUUGGAAAAGAAGCAGUGAAAGCAUUGGAAAAUGUUUACGGAACAAAAUUCCGACUUGGUACCGGAGCUGAUAUAUUAUAUCCUUCAUCUGGUGGCUCAGAUGAUUGGGCUAAAUCAAAAGCUGGAGUAAAAUUUGUAUAUUUACUUGAACUAAGGCCAGGUGAAAAUGAUUUUGAUGGAUUUCUCUUGGAUCGUCGACAAUUAAUACCAACCGGUCGAGAAACAUGGGCUGGUGUACGAGUUGUCAUCGAUGCAAUUACACGAACACAAA